GCCCCUGAUCCCACUCAAGACAUCCCUGGUGCCACCUCGACCUGGCCAGUCCCACCUCUUCCUGGAAGCCAUUCUGGAUUUCUUCCCACCUCAAAUCCUUGCAGCCUGAAGCCCAGGUCUGCAUCUCGAUAUUUUGAGUCCCCCUCCCCCCAGAAACGCUCAGCACUGAGACCAGCACGUGACGAGGUGUUCCGCGGCCAGGCACCUGGCCAAGCAGAAAGGCCUUGGAGGCCAGAAACCUGGUGCAGUGUGCUUGGGCCACCUCCCGCGCCCCUUCCAGCCUCAGUUUCCCCACACGAAGCACAAGGGUGAUGUUGGCGCAGCCCCCGACCCCCCAGCACAUCUCAGAAGCGCACGCAGCUGGCACAUCUGUUCGUCUCUCGCGAGAGAAGGCAGAGCCCGCGUCCCUCCGCGUGGCGGACGAGGCUCCGGACGCACACAGGUGGGGAUGCCCGGCGCGGUCCCCAGGGACGUCCCCGCAGCUGCUGCCUGAACUUGGUCACAGGGUCACGAUCCCCCACGGCGUUGCUGGUCCCGGGUAAGGGUUCAGAGGCUCAGUUGGCAGGCCUGGGUCACCUCCGGGGGGGGGGGGGGCGCGGGGAGGGGCCCUGGCAAAUGUCCUCGCUGGGGGACACAGAGCGAGGUAGCAGGUGUGUGUUCGCUUCCUCAUAUCCUGCCCGCCCUCCCGGCUGCCUCCAGGGACACCGAAAGGGAUGUGAAAGGGAGGCCCCCAACCGCGGUGCCGCUGGGCGGGUGGUCACACGGAGAGAAAGGAGGUUGGCCCCCCAGGGUGGGGGUCGAUGGGAGGGCUCACCGGCCCGGCCAAGGGGCAUCUCCAGGCGGCCCGUUGGUUUCCCAGGCGCCGCCUCAUCACCAGCCGGACCUUCUUCCCCGCCCCCUUGUCGGGGGCGCGCCUCUGGCGCCGUUGGGGAGGGGGUCCCAGGUGCGCCUCGCACGGGGUCCAGCUGUCUGUCCUGCCUCCCUCGGUCAGCGCGGCUGAGCGGGGACAUUGCGGGAGGCAGACACAACCACACGUGCACCGGCUGGAGGCCGACGCGCGACCUCCUGACUCCUCCCGAGGUCUGGGUCUCCGGGGUUUGGGGGCCGACGUCCGCGGGGGGCACACCCCCCGUCUCCCUGCACCAAUGGCAAUGCGGGCAUGGAAUGCCCCUGUUCCAGCAGCGAAGGGCCGGCCCCUCGCGCCCGACGCACAUUCCCGGCAGGGCCGUGCGUGGGACCGUGCUGGGGGGCCGACGGGGGUGCGGUUUCCUCAGCGCCCUUGCUCCGGGCCCUGCUUCUGAACGUACACCACGACAAGGACGCCAGGAAACCUUGUUUGCUUUGGGCACCGAAGCGCGCGCUCCGGACUUCCACCUCCUCUCCGGCGAGUGUGAACCGAGCCCUGCAGAUCAGGCUUCAUUGGAUGAAUGCAUCGAAGGCCGUGGAGUGCAUUUGACACCUUUUUGUGACUAUUCAUCUCUGAGCUCAGGGUUGAAACAUUUCGGCUGAAAGGAAGAAGAUGGUAAACAGUUAAGCUCCGAGGUCCACGCGGCGUCUGUUGAGAUCCCUCGACUCUGCGGUGGUCGUGAACGCGCCCGGAGGCGACGUGUAACCAAAUGGGUACAGCGGUGUGCCAAUAAAACUUUAUUGACAAAAGCAA